AUGACGGAAGGCGCUCAGCCGCUGCUGCCCCCGGACGACCCGGGGGCGGGCGACGCCGAGAGCGCCGCGCUCGGUGUGCCGGACGCAGCAGAGGCGGGGCGGCCCCGCGUGUCCGUCGCGUCCCUGCUGGCAGUCGAGCCCGGGCAGGCCAUAGAUAUUCUGGAGCAGCACGGCGUGGUGACACUGGGCAGCAUGACGGUCAAGGACGCGGCAUUCAAAGCGGCCCUGGGCACUGAUGAUGAUGACCUGCUCACCGCCGCCGCCCCCGACCCGCAAUCGGGGCCGUUCGACUGGCGCCGCUUCUGGGCGGCGCGCCUGCCGGCCCCGCGCGCGGACUGCCGGGGGAAUCAGAAGCAGGUCUGGACAGCGGACGUGGAGGUGUUGGCGCGUGUGGUGGCAGUUGAGGAUGCGGCCAAGCCUGGGCCAGUGGGGCUGGUCAAUCUGGCGCUGUCGCGGUACCAAGUGUCCGGUGACCCGUCCAUCUUCACGGUGCCGGCGGUCGAGGCCGUCAUCACGUACAAGUGGUGA